UCGGGUUCCCCGUGUCUUUGUGUCAUUGCUGUUACGUUGCUGUGGGGUCGAGCGCUGAUUUCAGCACCACGGGUGUGAAAACAGAGAAGAGCUCAGAUGGGGGCGGUGUUGUGUUGGCAUGAUUUCUGCUUCUCCUGUCCUGUCGCUGGUGGCGUUGCUCGGUCGUGCUGCUGGAUCUCUGCAAAGACUGGGACACCUACGCAAUACCAAAGUAGUCUAUGAGGGAACUGUGAUAGGAAUAGGUGAUGUAUCUCUUGUGGCGAUGUGGAAUCAAGGAAAUUUUAUGACAUUCGGGAACAAGAUGAGUAAACACUGGAGUGUGAUUGGUGGAGUAGCUGCUGCAAUGGCGGCUGGAGUGUAUGUUUUAUGGGGGCCAAUUUCAGACAAGAAGAAGAAGAGAAAAGGUAUGGUUCCUGGUCUGCUUAAUCUGGGGAACACAUGUUUUAUGAACUCACUACUCCAGGGCCUUGCAGCUUGCCCUUCCUUUAUCAGAUGGCUUGAAGACUUCACUAGUGAAAGCAGCAUCCAUCCAGAGAGAACGGAGAGAGACACUCAGCUGUCCAGAUCUUUGAUGCAGUUAAUUAAAGCUCUGUCAAGUCCAGAUCAUGGAGAAUAUGAUGUUUUAGAUGCGGGAUGCCUGUUAGAAGCUCUUGGACUUUACAGAUGGCACAUCAGCUCAUUUGAGGAACAGGAUGCUCAUGAACUCUUUCAUGUUCUCACAUCCUCACUGGAAGAAGAAAGGGAACGGCAACCCAGAGUCACUCACUUAUUUGACAUGCACACACUGGAGAAAUCUGUGGAGUCAAUUGAAAAAAACAUAAGCUGCAGAAGUGGAGGUCCGUCACAUCCUAUUCCGAGUUUAUGGAGGACUCGGCACCCUUUUCAUGGGCGGUUAACAAGUUACAUGUCUUGCAAGCGCUGUGAACAGCAGAAUCCAGUGCACUAUGAUUCUUUUGACAGUCUGUCUCUUUCAAUCCCUUCAAUUCAGUGGGGCCGACCUGUUACUCUUGACCAGUGUCUUCAGCAUUUCAUUUCCUCUGAAACCAUCAAAGAGGUGGAAUGUGAAAACUGUACCAAGCAACAGGCUGGAGCGCUUGUGAAUGGACAACAGAGUCAGAGGACAACAUUUGUUAAGCAGCUGAAACUUGGAAAGUUGCCCCAGUGCCUCUGCAUACAUUUGCAGAGACUGACGUGGUCUAAAGAAGGCACUCCUAUAAAGAGACAAGAGCAUGUUCAGUUUACAGAGUAUUUGUCUAUGGAUCGAUACAAACAUUGUACUGCUGGGCAAAACCUGCAGAGGACCAGCAGAACAAAUAAGCUUGAAACUGAAGUCAAACCUGUUGCCAAUGGUGUUGAUCCAGAACACUGUAAAAACAACAAGACACUGUCCAAUGGAACCCUUUCCUCUGUCUUUCUACAUUCACCAGGACUGAGCUCACAGCUUAACCUCACUUAUAACUACAGCGCUUCAGAGUACCUGUUUCGGUUAAUGGCUGUGCUGGUUCACCACGGUGAUAUGCACUCGGGACAUUUUAUCACUUACCGUCGUUGCCCUUCUGCCCACCAUGGAACCUCUCCAUUCAGCUCCCAGUGGCUCUGGGUGUCAGAUGAUUCUGUGAGGAAAGCAAGUCUGCAGGAGGCCCUCUCCUCCAGUGCAUAUCUGCUCUUUUACGAGCGAGUGCAAAGGCCUAGUCUGAGGUAAAGGAUUUGCAUCUCUGCUGGGUUAGUUAUCCUUAGUUAUUCUACAAUAGCAUUGUGUGUCAUCCAAUGCUAGAGUGUUAACCCUCGCUCCUCUCCAUUCCAGGCCGAAUUUCUAUGGCCGAGUGCAAUCAUGCAUCCCUGUGCAUGCAGUUUUGCGUGUGUUUCAUGCAUGUUACUGCUCUCUCUCUGUGAGAAAGAGAGUAAAGAUGAGGUUUCUUCUGCUCGUAUUUGCCACCUUAAUCUUGAUUAAAUCUAUGGCUUUUUUUUAUUAUUUUUUUUUUUUACUUGUUUUGCUAUUUGUAGCAGGUGCACAGUCAGAAUUUUUCUCUAACAGUGACAUGGUGUUCGCAUGGAGGUAUAAUCCUGGUAUUGAUGUCCUGGUAUUGAGCAUGAUGUCAUGAUUUGCUAUGACGCAGGACAUUUUGAUUCUCAUACAGUUUUAAAGUUUUUAACAUAUAACGAUCAGUCUUUGAUUAUUAAUUAUCCAUUAUAAUAAAAUUAUUUUUACAUAUGUCCCUCAACAAUUAUCACAUGUAACAUUUAGAAUCUACUACACUGUUUUUGCAACACAUUUGUACGGUAAUUAAGAGAAAACAUAAAAUCACAAGAUGUUUCCUCGUCAGAUUGGUCUAAAUGUGUAGACCAUGUGUCCUCAUGGAAAUGUUGCAGUUUUUUGUUUGUUUGACAUACCUGUGUCCUUGCAGGAAUAUAGGAAUGCAAGUGUAAUUUACACCCUUUUGUGCAGAUGUUGCUAGUUUGCAUUCUUCUAAAGACCCAGAUGAAUUACCAGUUUGAUUUUAUGCUGACAAUUUUUCCUGUAUGUCAUUUCAUGUGUUAUUCUGUAAAUUUAAUGUGUUAAAUGUUCAUUGUUCAUGCCGCUAUUUGCACUACAGUAUAUUUUUAUGAUAUUAGUGUGUAUGAUUGUAUGGAUGAAUGUUUUUCAUGUGUAAAUUAAAGUAAAUAAAAUCUGCAAUGGUAAUAUU